AUGUCGAUCCCAGCUUCGGUCUGUGUUGGUUUGGAAGUGGAGUUCUUGGUGGCUAUAUCGACCGUUGGAACUCCCCCCGGUGAAGGUCGGUGGAUAUGCCUUGCAUCAAAGAAAGAUGUCGAUGGCCUCGCCAUUGGCGACUUCAGGCCCAUGGAGGCCCCAUGCAUUCACAAGGUAUGCCAAGUCAUGGCCAGUGGCGGUGCUCCCGUUGGGUGCAACGACAUGCCGCUUCUCAAGCCCAGUCCUGGGCAAGUCUCCGGAUCUAGCCUCGUUCAGCUCACAAAGACCAGAGAAGACAUCCGGGUCUGGAAUAAGGAGGCUGCGGAAUCGACUUCUGGAACCGUGGCACCAUCCAACUACUGGUUCGUGGUGCCGGAGCGACAUCUGACCCAGGACUGCGUUAGUAAGUCCAGCAAGACGCCCUCUGUCAAGUACGCCUGGUUCGGAACUGAAAUAAACAGUCCAGUCCUCACGCGACCUCAAGAGUUCAGCCAAGGGCUCCCGACACUGAGAAGGUGUCUGAAGGGUGUCCAGGACAACAUGGUGGUUGGACUCAACUCAGGCUGUGGUCUGCACUUACAUGUCAACGACGCCGGCAACAUGAAGCUACAGACGGCGCUCCGGGUCGUGACCUUGGUGUGGCACCUCGAGGAUACGCUACUCUACCCGUUGUGCCACCCUCAUCGAUCCAAGUCAGCUUUCUCGAUGCGUGUUAGUGUCGAGUCCUCGAUCGCCAUGGAGAAGGGGGAGCCUGCAGUUUCCGGCGAGGGCGCCGCAGUUGUUGCGAUGCUCACGCAGCUCAUGGAGAAGUCCAAGGGCCGCAAAAAGGUUGACAAGAGACUCAUCGGAGCCAUGAAGCGGCUCUGGGCCCAACCGGACCUCACCAGCCUCGGACUCGCACUUCGAAAGUUCAACGAGGGACCCGUCCACACGACCACGCGCUGUGCUCUGGUCGUAAGCAAGUACAGCACUCUCGAGUUCCGUUACCCAGAGUCGACGUUCGACGCCGACUUCAUCUCGUGCUGGACCGACUUGGUACGACACUUGUACGGCGUCGCCAUGAGGCCGCAGGCUGACUUCAACCGGGUUCUCAGUCGCGUGUACGAUCUCGCGACUCGUGACCAAGUGCCUGGAUGGGGUGACAUGAUGGCGGCUAUCGAGUUCAGGACGAACAUCGGCCGCUGGCAGAUGCGAUUGGAACAGUAUACCAACAACCUGAAGGAUCUGGACAGCCAAGGCAUCAUUCCAGCAUCCGGGCGUUAA